AUGGCUUUUAGGGCAAGAGCCAUGGCAAAAGAUAAUAUUGAGGGGUCAUUCAAUGAACAAUAUAGAAGAAUCUAUGAUUAUGGUCAUGAGCUUCUCAGAGCAAAUCCAGGUUCAAUAGUCAAAAUAAAGGUUGAAAAUAGUAAUGAUGAGUGUAUAUUCAAUAGGAUUUAUGUAUGCUUGAAAGCAUGCAAAGAUAGCUUCAUUAGUUGUAGACCCAUCAUUGGGUUGGAGGGAUGCUUUUUGAAAGGCAAGUAUGGAGGGGAGUUACUAACAGCAGUUGGAAGAGAUGGAAAUGAAGAAAUUCUGCCCAUUUCAUAUGUUGUUGUUGAGGUAGAAAACAAAGACUCGUGGACUUGGUUCUUGGAGCUUCUCAUUGUAGACCUUGGUGGGGAAGUUGGUCUUCUGCCAGCUAUUCAAGAUCUUCUACCUAGGGUAGAGCAAAGAUUUUGUGGUAGACAUUUGUAUUCUAACUUCAGAAAGAAAUAUCCUAGAUUCACCCCUAGAUCACAAUCUGACACUCUUGUCAACAACAUGUGUGAGGGCUUCAACAGUGUGCUAGUUCAUACUAGGUGUAAGCCAAUUAUCACUAUGUUAGAAAACAUUAGGGUUUACAUCAUGAAGAGAUGGGCUACGAACAGGAAAAAGAUGGCAUUAUAUCAAGGUUCUGUGUGCCCUAAGGUUCUGAACAAAUUUCAAAAGCAGUCAUGGUUAACCAGAUAUUGGUUACCAAGAUGGUCAUCACAUCAAUUAUUUGAAGUCCUACACAUUUCACAAUUUGGGGAGCAAUUUGUUGUGAAUCUUGAAAACAAGGAGUGCAGUUGUAGAAAGUGGUUAAUUACUGGCAUUCCUUGCACUCACGCCAUAACCGCAAUGAAAUUCUUUAAUUUAAAUGAAAAAGACUACAUUGGCCAUUGGUUUAGGAAGUCUACUUAUGAAGAGAUCUACAACACCAUCAUUUAUCCUAUUAAUGGUCAACUUGUCUGGGACAUAACUUCAUAUCCAGAUGUAUUACCCCCAAAGAAGAGGACAAUGCCAGGAAGACCCAAGAAAAAAUGA